AUGUUAUUCAACUUAAUUUUUAUCAUAGUUGUUUUAUACAUUAUAUUUUAUGAAAAUAAUAAUAAUGUGUAUACUCUAAGAAUUCGAACGAACAAAAGAAGGAGGUAUUUCUUUUUGCAAACAUGUAACUUUUUGAAGAGGAAAAAAGGAAUCAAGAAAUUAUAUUCAGUAAAAAACAAACAGUAUAACUUCAAUUCUGUAGAGAAAAAGUGGCAAGUCAUAUGGAAUUCUAAGAGGUUGUUAGAUAAAGACUUUGAACAAUAUAACAAGUGCGCAAAAAGGGAAAGUACAUAUACAGGUCUACAAGAAAAUGUUGUAUAUGACAAAGUUCCGGAUGAGAUAUGCAGACAAGUUGAUGGUGAAAAAGGUCAACAAAUGGAUGAAAAAGUAUGUAAUGAAAAUAAUAGUGGUUCAAAAAGAAAAUACAGAAUGGCAAAGAAGUUUUAUAUUCUGGAUAUGUUUCCAUAUCCGUCUUCUCAGGGUUUACAUGUAGGUCAUAUUUUGUGCUUUACCAUAACAGAUGUUAUUAGCAAAUUUAAGAGGAUGAAUAAUCAUUGUGUUUUUCAUCCUAUCGGUUGGGAUAGCUUUGGUUUACCUUGUGAUAGAUUAUCUAUGAAAUUAAAAGUUGACCCAAGAAAAAUUAUAAAAGAAAAUAUAUCUAAUUUUAAGAAACAAUUAAUAAGAUUAGGAUUUUUAUUUAAUUGGAAUAAUGAAAUAAAUACUUGUGAAAAAACUUAUUUUAAAUGGACUCAAUGGAUAUUCAUACAAAUGUAUUUAAACAAAAUGGCAUAUAAAAAAUGGUCCUAUGUAAAUUGGUCAAAAGAAAUUAAUUGUGUUAUUUCAAAUGACGAGUUAAAAAAUGAACUGAACUUACAAAAGUUAAAAAUUGAAAAAGUCAAAUUAUUACAAUGGUAUCUUAAAAUUACGAAAUAUGCCAAUAGAUUAAUUAGGGACUUAAAAUUAAUUGACUGGCCGAAUAAAAUUAAAAAUAUGCAAAUAAAUUGGAUAUCCAAAAAAUCUGGUAUUAUUUUAAAGGCGAAAAUUAUUCCAAUUAACAAGUUGAUCAGGAGUAAAAUUCUGUGUAAACAUCCAAGCAAGUUUGUGCACGUUUGUUACAACAGUAUUUACAACCAUUCGUUAUUUCUUCUGUUUAAUUAUAUUUAUUUUUACAUUAUUAUCGAAGGAAGAAUAUGUGAGGAUGUUAAGGUAAAUUAUCCUUUUUUUUCUUCCAUCCUAAGACCAGUAAAUUGUGAAAGCGGUUUGGAAAUACAUAAACAGGAAAGGAAAAUGCAUGGCUGUAUUAGAAGACAAGCAGGGGGAUCAGGUUCCCAUAUUACUACCUUUUCCCCAGUAAAUGAUGAUAACUGUAGAAGGGAAAAGCCUUUACAUGAUGGGGACGCCAUUAUCGAUAUAAGGAGCGAUGUACAUAGCGAUGUGAGUGGUGUAGGCGACAAUGCAAACAAUAAUGUAUUCAUUGAUGCAUAUACUGAGAUAAGCGCCUGCGAAAGUAGUUGUAAUUUUCUCACCUAUAUAGAAGCGAAAAAAGGCAUAUACAACUUGGAAGAAAAAGGAUAUUAUCUUAAAAGUUUUAGGAAAAAUGGUAAUGAAGUAACAAAUGAUGAUGACAUAUAUGUUAAAAUAUUUCUAAAUGAAAAUGAAGCUAUCUUAGAAAAUGAUAAAAUUCUUGUGAGUGUAAAUCAUCCUAAUAUUAAGAAGAUCGUAAAUGAGAAUAAAAUUUUGCUAGAUUUUGUAAACGAAACAGUUGUUCAAAAGGACACGGAGAGAGUAAAAAAUGACAAGAUUUAUUUUUCCGGUUCAGUUAUUUACAACUCUAUAAUAAACAAGUUUGUCCCAAUAUAUAUUUGUUCCUACAUUCUAGACAAUAACAGGAGUAUUCUGUUUCUAAAAAAAGUGCAAACAGUAGGGGACGAUAAAAGAAGAAAGGUCAUCUACAAAUUGUUGCUCUCCUCUGAAUAUAGUAAAAAAAAGAGCAUAUACAAUUUGAAGGAUUGGCUGUUUUCAAGGCAGAGAUAUUGGGGAGAGCCAUUUCCCGUUUUGUACAAAAUGGGAAAGAAGGACGGGAAAAAGGAAAAAGUGGAAGGAGAGGUAGAAGGGGGAAAUGCAAGUCAGGCAAUAGAAGAGUUAGUAGGGGAGAAAAAAAAAAGAGAGGCAGUAAGGAAGACAGAAAGCAAGGCAAAAAGAGAGACCAUAGAGGGGGGAAAUACAAAUUGCGAGGCAAGUAACCUAGUAAGUGGAGUUAAUAAAGAGGUGGGUACUUGUAAUGAGGAUUUUCUAAGUGAAGAGAAACGUUGCUCAUUCAAAAUAGGAAUAAAGGAAGUGAUGAAUACUCCUACAAAGGAUAUAUAUAUAGAUAAAAUUCCACUUUGCUUACCAAAAUUUAAUAAAAGAAUAUACGAAAAAGAUAAUAAUAUAAAAAGUGUACACUCUGUUUUAUCAAGAUUUAAAAAUUGGGUUGUCAAAAGAAAAAAAAAAAUACUGUAUAAAAGAGAGAGUGAUGUAAUGCCUCAGUGGGCGGGGUCUAGUUGGUACUACUUAAGGUAUAUUGACCCGAAAAAUAAAGAAAAAAUAGUUGAUGAGGAAAAAGCAAAAUUAUGGUUUCCAGUUGAUUUAUAUGUUGGAGGAAGCGAACAUGCAGUUUUACAUUUACUGUAUGCACGAUUUUUUCAUAAAUUUUUAUAUGACCUUAAAUUAGUUAAACAUAAGGAGCCUUUUCAAAAAUUGUAUAAUCAGGGAAUAUUAUUGAACAUUACUUCGUUUUAUUUAUAUACAAAUUUACAGAAUGAGUUAGUGAGUUAUGGUGAGGUUGCUGAGCAGUUAGAAAAAAGAAGGAGAAUGACAGAAAAUUAUGAGCUCAAUAAAAGUAACAAUUCCUUAGGGGGGGGACAGAAUUGUGAAAAAAAAAAUUUGGCUUACUCUAAGGAAAGCAGCAAGGAGUUAAGAAAGUUUGUAUUGGAAAAGGAGAUAGAAAAUGGAGCGAGAAAUAAAGCAGAAAAUGGGGCUAGAAAUAAAGUAGAAAAUGAGGCAUAUAUGAAGGAGGCGCAAGAUGUGCUUUUACAUGUGAAGUACGAACAGAGUGUUCUGUCAAGUGAAAAGAAAGAGGUGAACAAUAAGAUUGACGUGCAAGAAAAAAUACUAAAAAGUGAUAACUACAUAGUAGUAGAAGGUAUAUACAAGAAAUAUCUAAUUGAUGAAAAAUAUGUAAAAGAGGAGAGGCAAAGAUAUUAUAUGAAAGAUUUUCCUUCAAUUGAAGUGCAGCCGAAUUUUGAAAAAAUGUCGAAAUCCAAAGGAAAUACAAUAAACCCCAUGGAUAUAAUUAAAGAAUAUGGAUCAGACUGCUUAAGAUUGCACGUGCUAUUUUUAGGUCCCUUGGAUCAAGACAAAAGAUGGAGCAUUAAAGGCAUUAAGGGUACCUUCAAAUUUCUUACCAAUUUGUACAAUUUGUUUAUACAGAGUAAUGAAAAGAGAGCACAUGCAAUUGAUAAAAAGGGAAAACAUGGCGAGGAAGAACAUCUAUAUGGAAAAGACUACAGGGAAAGAGAAGAGAACCCCAAAGAUAUAGCGGAUAAAACUGGUACUACAAUAAAAUGUGAGGACAUAAUCUGCCAAAAUUGCAAAAAUAGAAAGAAGAAUAAAAAAUUGGUUAUAAACUUUGAGGAUAGUACUGGGGGGGAUAGAAGCGCGCGUAGAAGCACAUGUGAAGGGAUGGCUCAAAGAGUGACUAGUAGCGAAAGAGGGGAUAAGCUAAAGAAAUAUUUCGAGCUACUAAGGGACGAAUCUCAAAUCUUUAAAAAAUUAUCAAAUAAAAUUAAGAAAAGAAAAGUUGAUGAAAUUGAAAAUGAGAAAAAAGAAAGAGCAAACUAUUAUAUAGAAAGAAUUACGAAUUGUAUAAGUACGAUCAAACUUAACACAGCUGUUUCCUUUUUUAUGAAAUUUUUUAAUGAAAUAAAGACUUGGGAUUACAUUCCUUUGAAAAUAUUUUUAACAUUCAUAAAAUUGUUAUACCCCUUUUGUCCUCAUAUAUGCGAAGAAUUUUGGUUUUAUUAUUUAAUAAAAUAUAAAAAAAAGAAAAGAAAAAAAAUUUGCUAUUUUUGUAAUUCUAGUUUAUUAUAUUAUGCAAAAUGGCCUUCCUUAUUUCAAAUAAAAGAAGAAAAUAAAUUUGUAAAUGUGUCUAUUAAAAUAAAUAAUAAGCAUAUUGCUAUUAUUCAAAAUAAUCCCCAAAAUGAACAAAAUAUUAUUAGUGUGGCAACAAAUAUGAUAAAGGAUCGCAUACAAAAUGAAAUUAAAAAGGGGAAAAAAAUAUUUAACAUUAUAAAUAUUCCUAAUAAGGUAAUCAAUUUUAUAAUAAAAUAA